AAACCAAUGGCUCGAAAACAAUUUGCUCCAACAUAAAGCUAAAAGCCACUCCGUUUCACUCCCCUUUCUUCUUGUCGCUCUGGGGUCUGCUCAUUAGUCCCUGCAAAUCCUCUCCAUUUCUAAAGAGAAAGAGAGAGUUUUCACCUGAGAGAGGGAGAGAGAGAGAGAAAGAAGAAGAAGAAGAAAAGGUUAAACCCGAAACUGAAACCAAACCUUACCAGUUCUUCCUCCUCCUCUCUCCAGAGCUUCAUCCAAGAUCUGUUUGACUCUCUCUUUCUCUUUCUCUUUCGACGCUUUUAGGGUUUUUGUUUAUUUUCCACAAUAAACUCCAAAAUGCACAAACUGGGCAGAGGGCAUCGGGACAAAGUCCAGCAGUUCAUGACAAUAACUGGAGCGAGUGAGAAAAUUGCUCUUCAAGCUUUGAAGGCCAGUGAUUGGCAUCUUGAAGGAGCUUUUGAUGUGUUCUACAGCCAGCCUCAGAUUAAAAGUUACACUGAUACUAGACAUUUGGAAAAGCUUUAUAACAGAUAUAAAGAUCCCUACGCUGAUAUGAUACUUGCUGAUGGUAUCACUCUCCUAUGCAAUGACCUCCAGGUGGAUCCUCAAGAUAUUGUUAUGUUAGUUGUUUCAUGGCACAUGAAGGCUUCUACCAUGUGUGAAUAUUCCAAGCAGGAGUUCUUCAUUGGGUUGCAGGCACUGGGGAUAGAUUCUUUGGAGAAGUUUCGUGAGAGGAUAUCUUUCAUGCGUUCUGAGCUGAAAGAUGAACAAAAGUUUCGUGAGAUAUAUAACUUUGCAUUUGGCUGGGCGAAAGAAAAGGGUCAGAAAUCUUUGGCAUUGGAUACUGCAAUUGGUAUGUGGCAAUUGCUGUUUGCUGAGAAGCAAUGGCCACUGGUUGACCAUUGGUGCCAGUUCUUACAGGCCCGACAUAACAAAGCAAUCUCCAGGGACACGUGGUCUCAACUUUUGGAGUUUGCUAGGACAGUAGACCCUGCACUAUCAAACUACGAUGCUGAAGGUGCUUGGCCUUAUCUUAUAGAUGAGUUUGUGGAAUACUUGAACGAGAAUGGCAUCAUUCAGAAUAGCCAGUUGACUGAUUGGAGCCAAAAACGAUGAAGGACUACUGGAUGAUAAAUUGUUGUGAAGUCUUCACAAUUUGUCUUAAGAGUGUGGUUCCUGUUGUGAUGCCAAUGUGAAGUAUCUAUUUCAUCUUCUGAAAAUAAGAUGCAAAAUAUCCUGUGGUUUAUAUGGAUUUCUGGUGACAUUUGGUGCACAUCACAUUCUCAGUCAUUGUUGAUAUGGUAAUAUGCCUUUUCGUUUAAGUUAAUCAGUCUUUUUUGGAUUUUUGAGGCUUGAAAUUAUUCUCUCUUUUUUUUUUUCUUUUAAUAAGUAGAUAUAUUGUGAUCUAUGAUCAAAGGCUGAAAAACAAAUCCAAGGAGUUUCAAGCCAAAUAAAGGGAAACACAAAUCCAAGUUUGCA